AGCAGCAGAAGAACAGGAGAGCAGGAGGCGGAUGGUGGAGGAGGUAGAGUUAAGAUGCAACACUGGGAGAUAUUUUAUCUUUAAACUGAGUUUUAUACAUUUUACUGGAAUAAAUAUGAUAUAAACCGGCUGCUGUCUGACUCAGACAAACCGCAGGAGAAACAGGAGGGAGAAAUUCCUACAGACUUCACAUGAUAACAGGUGUCUCUAAAUGAGAAACAGGGGGAAGGAUCAGGACGGCAGAACCGAGAGAACGGAUCAGAGCUUUACUGACAGGAUGAGGAAACCGGUAUCAGUGUGUGGCGUGUCUGUAAACAGGAGGUUCCUUAUUCCGCUGAUGGUUCUGGGAUUGAUCUCGAUCGUGUUCCUGAAGGUUCCUCUGUUCAACACCAACCCCAAACCGGUGCUGAUCCAUGUGGAUCCCAGCCAUCGAGAGCGUGUUCACGCGUAUGUGAGGAGUGUGUUAUCCCGGGAAUGCCGGCCGGAGUUUAUGAGGAGGAAGAUGGAGGGGAUGUAUCCCGGUUCCUCUCCGGUAUCAGAGCCCUUCCUGCAGAGGAGCCGCAACUUAACCCAGCAGAUAUUUAACUAUCCCCCACCGUUCGGAUUCCUCGACAUGCAGCACAAGCUGAAGGACGUCCUCGACCUCUUACCUGCUUCCUCACCUGAGAAAGUGGGCGGGGCCGGGUGCCGGCGGUGUGUUGUGGUGGGGAAUGGUGGGAUACUCCGGGGGCUGGAGCUCGGACAUUUCCUAAACAACUUCAGCAUGAUAUUCAGACUGAAUAGCGGUCCUGUGAGGAACUUCAGUAGAGACGUGGGGAACCGGACCACCUUCAGGAUGAGUUACCCUGAGGGAACCCCGAAGAUCUGGGAGGACGAGGAUCCGGAGCUCCAGUUUGUAGCUGUGAUCUACAAAUCUGUGGACUUUAACUGGCUUCAUUCUGUGAUUACAGGAGCAGGAGUCUCGCUGUGGGAUAAGAUAUUUUUCUGGCAGAAAGUGCCGGAGAGUAUUCCCGUUACUCCUUCAAAAAUUCGCCUCCUGAACCCGGAGAUCAUCAGGCAGACGGCGCUGGACUUCCUCCACUACCCCAAACCUAAGCAGCGGCUGUGGGGAUGGGAUCAGAAUAUUCCAACAUUAGGAGUCUCUGCUCUGAACCUGGCCACGUACCUGUGUGAUGAGUUGAGCUUAGCAGGGUUCGGGUACCACCUGAGUCAGAAGGACACGCCCCUUCAUUACUACGACAACCAGCCAAUGACGGCCAUGCUGAAGCAGGGGAUGCACAACGUGGACCAGGAGACGGCGUUCCUGCAGAGACUGGUUACAGAGGGCGGGGUUUCAGACCUGACCGGCGGCAUCCACUGCAGCUUCUGCUCGCGCUGAUCCUCCUCACACUGAUAUUUUACAUUUUAUUUCAUGUUUUUAUUCUUAUUUUUACACUGAACAUGUUUGAAGGUUCAUGCUUUCGCUGCUAAAGAGUUUUACUGCAAAGCUACAGUGCUGUGGAAGCGACGUGCAUGGCAUUAUGUGCUCUCGUUUUUCAUUUUUAAAUCUAAUUUAUUAUUGUGCUGCUUAUUUGAUAAAACGUUUUAAGUUGAAGGAAUCAGUAAAAUGAUCCCUGAAAUGUUAAUUGUUAUCUUAGCUAAAAAUAACCACAAUAACAAUCUCAACUGUGAAAUAUCUUGUUUAUGAACCAUUUUAUACUGAUUAAUUAAGCUCAAUGAAAAACUACAAAACAGACAUUGCCAAAAAGAGAAUAUAGCCAGAUUACUGCUAUAUUUCAGACCACUACAUCUCCAUCUCCAGAUCAGAUCUGAUUAGAUUUAUUGCCACAUCACAUGUAAUACAUAAGUAAUGUACAGGUGCACAGGUGCACAGGUGUACAGGUGAGUGAAAAAUGUUGCGGCAUGAUCUCACUUAGAAUGUAGAAAAAACAGAAUUCCUGAAUAUGUACAACAUCAAGUAAAAUAAAUAGAAAAUACACACUUAAAUUACAGUAUACACAUUAACUUACACUGUGAAUGUACAAUAUUGCACUGUUGUAUGUAUUUACAGGUAUGUAUAGGGCUGUUUAGUAGGUGCAGUGUACUGUGGGUAAUGUGCAGGUGCAGAGUGAGUUCGUAUGGGAGGGAAUCGUAGGACAGGUGAGGUAGACUGUGUUAGGUUGGCAAGAAAACACUGUCCUACUGGCUGUUCAGCAGCCUGACUGCCUGUGGAAAGAAACUGUUCUGGAACCAGCUGAUUCUGGUCUUCUGGUUUUCUUCUGAACCUUCUUCUGCUCGGCAGCUGUGAGCUGUUGAUUGGUUAAUCUGGGAAAUGAAUAGUGCACAUAUGCUAAUCUGCGCUCAAUUUAGUUCUGGACAUUGGUUUGGUCGAACUUUCAGGGCUCUCAAGUUUUGAAGUCGGAGUUCAGAAUCAGAUUUUGGUGGAUUUUUCAGUUUGGCGAUUAACCAGUAAAGGAAGAGAUAAAAAAAUCACAGAUUUUAGCAAUCUAUGAAUGAGCCAUCAGUUGUGCACCGUGCAGCUUGAUUUAGGGCGUGUCGGUGUGUCUUUGCUAUCAUAACAACGGGAAAAGUACACCUUGCAUGACAGGAAAUGCACAAAAGUCAUGUACUCAUUCUCUUAAUUUUAAUUUAAAUUUUGGGCGUAAUGUGAAAUAAACCAAUCAGAGCGUGUCUUGCUCAUCAUUCCCUAUAAGAGUAGAACCAGGUGAGCUCUGACUUUGGUGGAUUGCUAUUGUAACAGUGCAGCUACCUGGACGUGUUCAACAAACUCUUCUCAGCAGAGGAAACUGAGCUGCUGGUUGACGCUGUGAAGGAGCUCCAGCAGCUCAUUUACAGGAACAGCAAUGUUAUUUUAUUUACUAUUCUGUUUAUUGUUGAUGUAAAAGUUGGGUUUGUGCUGCUGUGUGUUCAUGUGUGUGUAAUAAGUGGGGGUGUACGCUUGGCUCGGCACAGCGCCUGUGUUACCGAGAUAGCGAUGAACGUCUGACUGUUGGCGUCUGUCUAGGUUGUAUUCAGUCAGUGGAGCUCCUGUGUUUUCUGUUACCAAGAUAAACAAGAUAAAACUCCAGAAAUGUACCUGAACACACCUCAUUUCCAGAACACCACGCCCAUCAGUGUAGAUAUAUUCAGAAGCUCUGCUGCUGUUUGCACCUUGGUGGGCGUGUCCCAGUAAUUAUCUGUGGGUGAGAGAUACAAGAUGUGGCGUCUGCAAACUUGUGAGCCCUGAACUUUGAUCCAGUGACUUCAUUGAGUCAUUGUGAGUCAUCAGCCUCAGACAAUGAUACUACCACCACCAUGUUUGACUGUUGGUAUGAUGUACUUAUGGUGGAAUGGUGGAUUGAUGCUGUGUUUCAAAUUAUAGCAGAUCAAAGCUGGGAAUGAUGUUAAAACCUGAGUUUACAGAUGUUCCAGUUAAACAUUCCAAUAAUUAUUCGUUAUUUCAAAAUCUGUUUCCAAAAAACAACUUUCUAAUUACUUUAAAGAGUUUAACUCAACUGGUUUGACACUCGUUUACUGGUGUUUUAUGUUGAAUCCAACUAAAAUGUGUCUCAUUUUUUAUGUCCCAGGUUAGCAUUGUUAGCAUUAUUAGUGGUGUUAGUGUUGGUACUAGUUAAUAGCACACAAAAACAGUAUUUAACACAUCCAGACAGCAUGGAAUUAUAUCCACAGACAUAAGUAUGUACUAUAGUAUACAGUGUACAGUUCUGUGUCUAGGAUGCAAUAAUAACACACUAAUAAUAGACAGAAGUGUUAAUAAGCUGUAUAAUACUAAUUAAAUACUACUGCUAAACUAAUACUACUGUAGUUAAUCUAAACUGUGGUAAAACAAUAAAAAAAUGUACAAAAAAUCUCUGUAAAUAUAUCUGUAAAUUUGUGUUUUAUGCAUACUUAUGUGCGUGCAUUAUGUUUAUAUAUGGUUUACUAGCUAUAUUAGCCUGACUGACCAAUUUUCGUCUCUUUUGCACAUUUUUAUCUAUUCUAAAAGAUAUAUAGUACAUGAACAGUCUGUUUCCUAAAAAAACAAUAGCUUUGUUACGUUUUUGAGUGUUUUGUUUGUAUGUAGUGUUUAUUUAUUUUAGCUGUGCUGUUCUGUGCUACUCGAUGCCAACAUUUCCUUUACGAUCAAAACAAAAUAUCUACAGUAUUGAUCUAUUGGCUUUAUUUGAGUCUUUAUAGAUGAGUUACUGAAACCUGGACUGAAACCUGUUGUUAAUAAAAUGUGCUUAGAUUUGAUUGAUUUAGAUGGUAACAGGUCAAAUGUAAAUAAAUCUUGUUUUUUUAGUAAAUAAAAUUGUGAUUUAAAAGCUGCA